AUGGUUCAUCGAACCUUUGAUACUGACUUUCCUCCAAGCACUGAAUUGAGAAAGAGAAAGGUGAGGGAGUUGAAGUCUCAGCUUCUUGGACAGCAGUCUCUUUUCACUCGGCCAACGUCGAAAGCCAAGGCCGCCACAGAGGCAUCGUUCCGGGUGAGUCGCACGAUCAUUAGGCACAAAAAGUGUUUCCAGGAUGGAGUUAUGGUGAAGGAAGCCUUCAUCGAGGCAUCAGAUGCGUUGUUUAAAGACUUUAAAAACAAAACGGAAAUAAUGUCUGCAGUCAAAGCUGUUCAAUUGACAGGAAAUACAGUGACCAGGCGAUGCGAAAUGAUGGGCGAGAACUUAGUACAGCAGCUUGCUAAGGACAUUGACUGUUGCGAGUGCUUCUCGUUACAGAUGGACGAAUCUACCGACAUCACAGACAAAGCCCAGUUGUGCAUUUUUAUUCGGAUGGUUCAUGAUAUGACUGCAAAAGAGGAACUUUUAGCAGUUCUGCAUAUGAACGCACACACACGGGGGGAGGACAUUUUUCAGAUAUUCAAAAACUUUAUCGACAAGACUAAGAUUCCAGUGUGCAAGUUGGUGUCUAUCACCACGGACGGGGCGCCAGCCAUGACAGGCAGGCGUAAUGGAUUUGUUGCCAAAUGCCGAGAGGAUGAAGCAUUUCCUGACUUUCUAAGUUACCAUUGUAUCAUACACCAACAAGCGUUGUGUGCGAAAAUGUUGAACAUGAAAGAGAUCAUGGACGUAGCAACAAAAGUGGCCUGUUCUAUCCGUGCAAAAUCUCUCCAAAGACGACUCUUCCGCUUGCAGCUUGAGGAGGCUGACAGCGACCACACAGGACUACUGCUUCACACAGACGUAAGGUGGUUGAGUAGGGGGAAAUUCCUGCAACGAUUUCGCGAUCUCCUUCCCGAGAUAAAGCAGUUCCUUCAGGAGAAAAAACAUGCAGAAUACGAGCAACUUAAUGAUGAUCGUUGGUUGCUUGAUUUGGCGUUUUUAACGGAUCUGUCAAACAUGCUCAAUGAGCUAAACGUGGAAUUACAGGGCAAAGAGAAACUCGUGAUCAAUAUGAUAAGCACAGUGAAUGCCUUCAAAGGAAAACUUAAACUGCUUUCUUCAAAGAUCCAACGCAAUGAUCUGGGAAACUUUAGCAACCUUGCAUCUGAGCUGAAUAAUCAAGGAAAGGACUCAACGGAGUUUGACAGUGCAUGUUAUGCAGAACAGAUUGACACCGUCCUGUCAGACUUUGACAGGAGAUUUCAAGACUUCGCUCUACUCGAGCCAGUUGCCAUGUUCAUGUGCUUCCCUUUUCGGGAGGAUGCUGAGGUCGAUGUCCUCGCUUCCAAAAUCUCAACAAUGUUUCAGCUCAGUUCUGCUGAAGUUGAGGAUGAGAUCUUGACACUGCAAGCAGACAUUAACCUGAAGUCCAGGGCCAAUGAACAGUUCUGGAGUUUGCUCACAGAAGAAAAGUAUCCCAACAUGAGAAAAUGUGCAACAUCUCUGACUGCAAUGUUUGGGUCUACUUACUUGUGCGAGUCAGCCUUUUCACAUAUGAAAAUUAUAAAAUCCAAAUACCGCUCCACCCUGACCGACGAUCAUUUGGAGGCGUGUCUGAGACUGGCUAUCAGUAGCUAUAUCCCGGACUAUGCAUCCCUUGUUGACUCCAUCCAAUGCAAGUCAUCAUCUGAAUAA